ACGGCCUGUGGGCUAACAGCGCCUCCUGGCUGCCGUGUCUAGACACACUCGGCCCUCGCGGAGUCGUUCGGGUACUUUGAGCACAGCAGCACCAACACGAUGGCUUUGCUCAGAAAUUUGAUCUGAACGACACGGACCCGGGCAAACCUGCCGCGAGGGACAAAUGUGUUUCCCCGUCCGUCUUCCAGAAGAUCGAACGGGACUUGGCGCGCAUGCCGCAGCGAGAGGUUCUCGACUUUCUGGUGCAGUAUCACAUUCGGGAACUGAACUGGAUAAAACUCGUCAUCCACGAGACCACCUUCCUGUACCGCUACCAGCAAUGGUGGGCCAACCACGAUGCGCACUCCGUCGCCGAUGUGGAAUUUGCCGUCCUCAUCCUGCGCAUAUGCACAUACGCGCUCCAGUUCCUGCCCUCGCAGACCCCCAACCACGCAGGCGACACCAUCCACGGGAUGUCCCGAGGCGACAUCCUCCGGGCGUGCACCGACGUGGCGGACAGUCUGGCCAGGGCCUGUGUUCUCCUCGACGCCAAGGGCUUGCUGGUGCGCGUCCAGCAUCUCUUGUACGCCGCCCUGAGGGCCUCGUGUGAAGGCAGGACGGACCAGUUCUGGGAUGGUGUCGUCUCCGCCUGCAGGGCUGCCCUCCGGGCCGGGAUCCAUAUGGAUGGCGGUGCUCCUGCUACGGCCUGUUACGGCGGGGGCGAGAUGGAGCGCGAACUGAAUCGGAGGACGUUCUGCGGGCUUUACGUGCUGGAUAGUCAUCUCGCCCGACAACUCGACCGCACCCCCAUCCUCCCCGACGACCUCAUCACAACCAACCUCCCCCAGAUGCGCUUCAUUCCGGACCUUGCCCGCCCCCCUCCCGAGACCAGCACCAGCGCCAGCACCAGCACCAGCACCCUACCUCCGACACCGGCACCAGACCCCAUCACCGAGCGCGUCCUCCAGGCCCAGCUAGGCCUCUUCUGGCGCCGCCACCCGCCGAACCCGAAACCCAGCCCCAGCAACGACGGCACCGCCAAAACGGCGUGCCCCUACGACCCCGCCGCCGCCGAGCGCCGCCACGAGGCCUUCGUGACCACCUACCUGGCCGCGCUACCGGCGUGCUUCGCACUGGCCGCCCCGGACCCGGAUCCAAGCAUGGCCCCACCCCGGCUGGCCCUGCAGCGCCGGCUGCUGCAGAUCGCUAUCUACGACUCUGUCUGCUGGAACCAUCGCGGCUUGUUGGUCCUGCUGCAACAGCAGAAGCAGCAGCAGCAGCAACAGGGAGUGGUGGGUGGGGAGGAAGGGGAAAAGGGGGAACGCCAGCGUCAUCACCGCCUGCGCCUGCCGGCGUACAAGCGGGUGCUGCUGCGGGUGCAGAAGCGGCGGAUGGCGCGGGCGGCGAUGAGGGAGUUGGUUGCGGUGCGGGAGCUGCACGCGCUUUUUGGUGGUGGGGGGGUGCAGACGCGGUUUGCGGCGAUCAUCUUCAACUCGUUUGAGGCGGCGACGGUGCUGUUGCUGCUGCUGUGUCUUUGCGGCGGGGAGCCGGAUGGGCUGUUUGACGUGGGGGAGGGCAAGGGCGAGGGCGAGGGCCAGGGUGAGGGUGAGGGAGGAGAGGACGCAGAGGUGGACGCGGGUGAUGAAAUCCUAGGACUGCGGUGGGACGCUGACGGCGGCAGGCUGACGCGGGAGGGUAUGCUGCGCGCGGCCGAGGAGGCCUUGGAGCGGCUGCGGGCGCUGGCGGGGGUGAGUGAGAUGGCGGCGGCCGGGGUGGAGGUUGUUGCGAGCCUUCUUGAGCGGGCGAAGAAGGGCGCUGAGGCGGACCAGACGUCUCGUGAACUACCGGGGGGCGCAUCCGCGACGCCCGUGUGGACAAUUCCACCACCGGAGGACUCGGACUUGGACGAGCUCCCGGAUUGGAUGUCCAGAUCAGCUUUUGGCAGUGUGAUGCCCGGGGACCCUAACUCAUUUUUUGGGCUGCAGUUGCAUAACUCGGGCUUUCUCCUGUUCUGACAUUUGGAGCUACCUUACUAACAACCUAUUAUCUCGUGACCGCCGUAUCUGAUUCUGAAUAAGGUUUGAAGUUUGCCUUGGUGUUGUUCAGCAUCCCUUCGGUAGCCGGUCCGCGGUAAGAGGGAGGGGGGGUACAGGCCGAGACAACCAAGUACGCUCACUGAGACUGAUGUCAGUCAGCCCUGGCACAUGAACAGGGGUUUACAAAGGAAAUAGAUCUCUGGACCGUGUUAUGUCACCGAUCUGGA